UCUAUACUAUUAUAAAAAGGAGAAGUGAUGUACAAGAUGGUAAUUUUACCAUGUGUAUCAAUUUUAAAGCAACAUGUACAAGGUGCUUAAAGCCAUGAAAUUUGGAAUAUCCACUCAAGUUUAAGACGCCAAAGGGGGUAAUGUUGGUAUUUCAACACAUACGCUUCUCUUCCACAUUAUUGCAGGUGAUUGAAUGCUGAAACUAAAGCAUUCGUGCGUUUCCAUCCCACCCAACCAAGCGUCGCUCCCUCAUGUUCAUAUAGAACCCCAGUCAAGCGCAGAUUAGGGUCUUUCUUGCUUGCGAAUUACCCUCGUUGCUUCAACAAACCCUAAUUUUCGGAUCUCAUGGAUUUCCACAGCCUUACCAGAACAGAGCUUCAAUCUCUCUGCAAACUGAACAAGAUCCCUGAUAACAUCACCAAUGUCGCCAUGGUUGAUGCUCUCCAAUCUCUCGAUGUCGAUUAUGUCCCAACGGUAUUUGAUAAUUUCAGUGCCAAUGUGGUUGUCAAUGGCGACACGGUUAAUCUAGGCUUGUGGGACACUGCAGCAAACAGGACAGGAGGAUUAUAACAGAUUAAGACCGUUAAGUUAUCAUGGGGCCAAUGUUUUCAUUUUGGCGUUCUCUCUCAUUAGCAAAGCCAGCUAUGAAAACGUCUCCAAGAAGUGGAUUCCAGAAUUGAAGCAUUACGCCCCUGGUGUCCCAAUCGUUCUUGUUGGGACGAAACUCGGUAAUAUUUUUAUUCAUAAAUGUUAGUCUUACAACCCGAAUCACUAUUACCGGUUCACAACAAGCCGCCUGAACCGAUAACGAUUCCGAAACCCGAAAAGAAACAAGAACAACCUGCGAAGCCCAAAAAAGGUCCUCCAAUGAAGCGGGUAUCAAGUGCUGGGUUUCGAACCGAUUCAGUUUUACAACGAAAAACUGGUUCUUUGAAGGAAUUUUUCACAUUGGGGAUAAAAUUGGGCCAAGGGCAAUUUGGCACAACUUUUCUUUGUACGAAAAAGUCAACGGGUCAACAUUACGCUUGCAAAUCGAUUGCAAAAUGAAAACUGUUGACUGACGAAGAUGUUGAAGAUGUGAGAAGAGAAAUUCAAAUAAUGCAUCAUUUGGCGGGUCACCCUAAUGUUAUAGCGAUAAAAGGGGCUUAUGAGGAUGCAAUCGCGGUUCAUGUUGUUAUGGAGUUAUGUGCGGGUGGCGAGCUUUUCGCUAGGAUUAUUCAAAUCGGACAUUAUACGGAGAAAAAGGCAUCGGAGCUUAGGAGAACGAUUGUUGGUGUUAUGGAAACUUGUCAUUCUUUAGGGGUUAUGCAUAGGGAUUUAAAGCCUGAGAAUUUCUUGCUUGUGGAUAAGGACGAAGAUGCACUUUUGAAAACUAUUGAUUUUGGAUUAUCGGUUUUCUUUACGCCAGGCCAUCCUUGGGUUCAAAUUGACGGUGUAGCCCCUGACAAGCCUCUUGAUUCCGCAGUUCUAAGUCGAAUGAAACAAUUUUCAGCCAUGAACAAGCUAAAGAAAAUGGCUCCCAGGGUUAUUGCAGAGAGCUUAUCUGAAAAAGAAAUAGCGGGGCUAAAACUAAUGUUUCAAAUGAUCGAUGCGGACAACAGUGGUCAAAUUACUUUCGAGGAACUUAAGGCGGGAUUAAAAAGAGUCGGUGCUAACCUUAAGGAAUCAGAAAUUUAUUAUCUCAUGCAAGAAGCGGAUGUAGAUAAUAGUGGAACAAUUGAUUAUGGGGAAUUUGUUGCUGCAACAUUGCAUCUGAAUAAAAUUGAGAAAGAGGAUCAUUUGUUUGGGGCGUUUUCGUACUUUGAUAAAGGCGGAAGUGGUCAUAUAAACGCUCAUGAACUUCAACAAGCGUGUGAUGAAUUUGGCAUUAACGCUCCCCUCGAAGAAUUAAUUCAAGAUGUUUACCAAGAUAAUUUGCCGUGUAUUUCAAGAUGUGCUUAAUCCUAUCUUUUUGUUAUGAUUUGCCGUGUAUUUCAUAGAGGUGGUAAUUUCGAGUUUUUUUACUUUUGAA